UUUCUUUCCAAAAAUCACUUUUUGGGUGACUUGAUACACCCUAACUCUAUACCAAGUGGCGACUCCUUUUCUAUCUAAAACCCUUUUUUUUGAACUUUGUUUGGCCAAACCGUCGCAUUUCACAAUCCCACGGCCUUUUAUUUUUCACUUUCACACACGUUCACAUACAUAUCCUACACACUACUUUCGCACAAUCAAAAAGUGGAGCGCGACAUGAUUGUAAUAAAUGUGUUAUUUAGUGAAGCAUGAUUUAAAAAUUAUAAGAAGUAUAUCAUUUUCCUUUUAAAGAGAAUGGUUAACUUUAACUUGUACAAUAAAAAUCCCGUAUAGAAUUUCAAAAUAUAAAUGAGGAUGUGUACAAAUAAAAUAACAUAAGCGUAAAAAUAAUUUAACAAUGUGACCAACUUAAAUAACUACACAAACGGUAUAGAUGACAAUGUAUAGAUUUUGAGAAUUCUGUCAAACCUUACGCUAUGUAAAAGUGUAUGAGGCAUACAUGUAGUUGUUAUGUUACAAGUUGAUAUAAAGGGUGUACACAUUGUUAUAAAGUGUGUACAUAUGAUUGUAAAGUAUGUAAAUACUGAUAUUAUACACAAAUUGGUUAUAAUAUUUGUUUGAAAUGUAUAGUGCAUCAAUGGAUCUAUGUAAGGAAAUACAGGUACAGAAUGCAGCUGGUCACUUUGUGACUCCAACUGGUUUGAAGAAACGAAGUGGCAGAAAAACUAAGAAAGUAUUGCGUAGUUGGGUGGACAGGUUUCAUAGGCAAAAGAAGAACUCUAGAUUGUCUGAGGCAAGCACUCCUGAGAUGUCAUCAGAAUCCUAUCAACCUAUCCAAAGCCAAGCAUCAAGCAAAUGUUUGUCAUCGAAUAAUUCUGUGCCAUCAUUCAGUGAAUCAAAUUUUGAUCAUCCCCAGUUAUUCACUCAGAUAUACAAUAUUGUAGGAUGCCCGGUGAAACUGGAAUCACUUCUCAAAUACUGAGUGCUCAUAAUAUCCUGUAUUCAAGAUCGUAACAAUCUCCCACUUUUGCUUCCCAACGAUCCUGUGAGCAAGACAAAGUACACAAGUUUCACCGAAUUCUUAAUGACCUCCAUUGUGCCUCUGUGGAAAGGUUAAAGAGCAGGACUCUCAUGCAAUUAAGCGAUGAAGAAGUGCAACUACCUACGAUAUAAAUGGGUAGAAGCUAAUUGCCUUCCAUGAAUAUGUAUGCUAAGCUGAUGUAUCUUUGUGACCCUUUUGGAACUGGAUUGGAACAAUGUAAUACUAAAAUGAUUGUUUUACUUUUAUAUUAGAUAGUAGUUUGAGAAUUGCAAUCAAUGCAGAAUAGUUUUACACC